AUGGCUGAGAAACAGGCGCAGCCAGCGGAAACUGGUAUGCUCUGGGGUGGCAGGUUCACAGGUGCAAUUGACCCUCUCAUGCACAAGUACAAUGCCUCCAUUGGGUACGACAAGGCUCUUUAUAGAGAAGAUAUUCUAGGAUCGAUUGCUUUUGCUAGAGCGAACCUCAAGAUUGGCAUUCUUACCGAAACCGAAUUCCAGGCGAUUGAGCAGGGUCUGCUCAAGGUGAUGGAAGAAUGGAAGUCAGGAGCUUUUGCUAUCAUGCCCAAUGACGAAGAUAUCCAUACAGCGAACGAACGUCGCCUAGGAGAAAUCAUUGGCAAGGAUACCGCUGGCAAGCUGCACACAGGCCGUAGCCGUAAUGAGCAAGUCGUCUGUGACAUGCGCAUGUGGCUUCGCGAUAGGAUCCGUGAGAUUGACAGCCAGCUUGUUGCCUUUCUUAUGGUCCUCGCCUCGCGUGCUGAGUCUGAAAUUGACUAUCUGAUGCCUGGAUACACUCACAUGCAGCGCGCCCAGCCUGUUAGAUGGAGUCACUGGCUGAUGUCAUAUGCUGCUGCGUUUAAGCAGGAUCUUGAGCGGCUACGCCAAGUCUUUGAACGGGUAAAUCUAAGUCCACUUGGCUGUGGUGCUUUAGCUGGCAAUGCGUUCAAGAUUGAUCGGGAUGCCAUAGCUGAGGAGCUUGGGUUUAGCGGAAUAACCAUGAACUCUAUGAAUACCUCAGGUGACCGCGAUUUUAUUAUUGAGUUCCUGGUCUGGAACUCGAUGUUCACAAACCACAUUAGCAGGUGGGCUGAGGAUCUCAUUAAUUGGUCGACCUCAGAAUUCCGGUUCCUACGACUGGCCGACGCUUAUAGCACAGGCUCGUCCCUGAUGCCCAACAAGCAUAAUCCAGAUUCUUGCGAGCUUCUACGUGGCAAGGCCGGACGUGCCUUUGGGCAAAUGGCUGGGUUGAUGAUGAAUACGAAAGGCUUGCCAUCGACCUACAACAAGGACCUGCAGGAAGGGUGGCUCCCAAUGCUUGAUUCUGUUCAGACUGUGUCAGACAGCCUUGGCAUUGCCAAUGGCGUUAUUUCUACCUUGAAGGUACUUCCAGAGCGGAUGCUAGCUGCUCUGGAUAAGACAAUGCUUGCCACUGAUGUUGCAGAGUGGUUAGUCAGGAACGGAUGUCCGUUCAGAGAGGCUCAUCAUAUCUCUGGACGUGUUGUUGCACUAUCUGAGAAGCUUGAGAUUUCGAUGGAUCAGAUAAGCCUUGAACAACUACAAGCUAUUGAUUCUCGGUUUACAGCAGAUAUUGUGGAGGCUUUCGACUAUGAAGCAAGUGUCGAUGCAAAAUCAUCUAAAGGUGGCACCAGUCGAUCAAGCGUUCUGGAACAAAUCCAGGCGAUCAGGGCUUUGUCGGAGUAG